GCUAGUACACGUAGCUCGAUAUACCCUCUACACACCUCUUUUCCGUCGUUCCUUUCACCACGCCGCACCCAAGCUGUCUCAGUUCACGUCCACGGCUCCCACACCCCACUCCUUCCUUGUGAUCGUCGCUGCUCGUCUCGUCGUCUCUCGUAAGCCACCCAACCCGACCUCCACGUGUCCACAUCGAUCAGACGCUUGCUGGCAACUUCUCACUCCUCCCCGCGCUCGAUCUACCGCCUGCAACACUCCUCAGUCGCUUGAGGCUCCGCUCAGAAACGCGUGACCAUCCACCGCCGAGCGUCGCUCCCUUUCCACCACUGAGCGUCACUCCCAAGACUCGCGCAGCGUCGCUACGUGCUCUCGCCGCCUAAGAGGCUAAAGGAUGAACCUGGCAGGCUAGGCGGAAGAUCCGGGAGAUCAGUGCAGCAGAUCCCGAUUCUGAGUCCCGAUUCAGUACGCAAAAGCAGAUCCCGAGGUUCCGCGGGGAUCACUGGAGGUUCCGCCAGUGCUGGGUUCAGGGGGGGGAUCGCGAUCCGAAACCCGUCGCAAGGUUAGCGGUUCUGAUCGCGGAUCCGCGGGGUUGCGGAGUUUGCCGCUCGUUCGUCAGACCGUGGUCUGCAUAAGUGUGCGUCAACCGCAGGGUGUUCGUCAACACUUCUGUUUGUGACCGCCGUUGCUGCGCCGUCUGUAGCCGCCGUUGCUGCGCCGUCUGUAGCCGCCGUUGCUGCGCCGUCUGUAGCCGCCGUUGCUGCGCCGUCUGUAGCCGCCAUGGGCCGCUGCAAUGGAGUCCAGCAGGCGGCCAGGAUGCUCUUUAGCCGGAUACACACUCCAUCCCUGCGACAGAGACCUCCCUCGAUUCCGACCCCCUCGUGCUCCAGUAUCCAACUCCAGCAGCCAUCCCACGCGCCAAGCCACCUGCACACAGUAGCAGCAGCGGCAGAGGCAGAGGCAGGGGCAAGAGCCGCUGCCCUUAGAUGGGGCAGCAGGGUGGGAGCAGGGGCAGGGGCAGGGGCAGGGGCAGGGGCAGGGGCAGUCGUGGGGGCAGGAGAGCGCGGUACAGGUGCAGUGCAUCUGGACGUUGGGGGUCUGAGAUGGCUGAAAACGAGUGCGGGAAGGGGGCGCGCUGUGGGGGCUAAGGCAAAGCCAGGGGCAGGGGCAGGUGCAGUGCAUGUGGACAUUGGGGCGAGGGCUCGGGCGAGGCAGACGCAGCGAAUGUGGACGCUUGUGAUUGGCGGAGGGGCGGUGGCUGGACUGGCUAUAUUCGCAAUGAACUCGUUUCAAGAGAACCUGAUGUUCUAUAUCACGCCCACUCAGGCUCUUGAGAAGUUCGCAGAGAACUCGUCUGCCAACCGAUUCAGGCUGGGCGGGCUGGUGAAGGAGGGCAGUGUUCGCAUUCCCGCAGGAACCAUCGAGAUGGAAUUUGUUGUCACAGACCUUGCAACGGAUAUCCUGGUCCGGUACAGAGGUGCUUUGCCAGAUCUCUUCAGGGAGGGCCAUUCCGUGGUGGCAGAAGGCUUUCUGCGGCCGCUAAGCCAAGCCAACACCGCUGCUUUUACCGCUGGCGCCAACAUCAGCGGUGCGGCCACCAGCAGCAGCAGCGGUUUGCUGGGGGUUGCAGAGGCGGAGGGUGCAGUGGUGGCAGGGCGGGGGGAAGGUGGUGGUGGUGGGCAGGCGGAAGGGGGGGUGGAGGAGUGGGAGGACGUGAGUGCGAGUGCAAGGAGCGUGGGGUACUUCUUUGCGGCUACUGAAGUGCUGGCGAAGCAUGAUGAGAAAUAUAUGCCCAAGGAGGUGGCGGCAGCUCUGGAGAAGAACAGAGCGGCCAUUGAAGCAGCUGGGGAGGAAGGGGAAGAUAAGGCUGAUGAGGGGGAGGGGGGGGGGAAGGGGGAUGACCGUGGGGAAAGGAGUGUGGAGGGGCAAAAGGGAGAGAAUUCUGCUGUUUCUAGUGGUGGUGCCAUGGGGAUGGGGGAGGGUGCGAAGAAGGGUGGGAAGCUGAGCAAGCUAGGCCAAUCGCCAAGUGUGGCCCAGGGAUAUGACAUCCCAUCAUGAAACAUUGUCAUGCGCUUAUUGUGCUUGAACUAAAAAUGAUUUUAUGAUUAUCACUAACAUGAAGUGCAAAGCAAGGAUGUCGUA